UGCGCACUCCGCCACCAGACUGUACGACCUCGUCAUCUCACUCGGAGUCGGACUCGCUUCUCGACUGCGUUACACUACGAUCCUGAGAUGAUGGGGCCUGCAGCCCUAUAUGCUACGAUCACAGCCUCGAUGCCGGGCGAGGUUGAAGAUGGACCAGCCGUUAUGGAUCCCCUUGGUCGUGUCGACUUGCCUCAAAUUCAGCACGAGAGACAUCAUGACGUUGGUCGGGCACCACAUUUUGGAACGUGGAUGCAUUCAUCAGACAGUGCAACACACCCCUUUGCCAGUUGUCUUUUCGACCAACAUGUGAAGCUGAAUGGAAUAGUGACCGGACCCAAAGCAUUCUUUCCCCCAUUUGUGUGUCCUUCGUUAUUCUCGAAUGAGAACAGAGGAUUCCGUUUGAGACUCUGCAUCGCUUCGUUCCUGGUUCCUGGCCGCGGUAACCACCGUUUGCUUUCCCGGAGCGGGAUGCUGCAGCUUCCGGGCGACCCGCGGACCCGCGCCCUGCUUGGGAGAGGAGAUUUGAUAGAUCUCGGUGCUUCGGUUUGGGGUUUCCUCCUUUUUUUCUUUGGUCUUUGGUCGUACCUCGCCUUCGGCUCGAGUGCCAUGUAGGGUAAGGGUGAAGGAGGCUUCCUACAGCUUCUCAAACGGUGUUGUCUGGUAGGGUCGAGGUGAUGCCGUAGCUUGUGGUUUGGUGCCCGACGUAGGCAAACUGUACUGACGUUGGUAUGUUUGACAAUGAUGUGUUUCCAAGACAGGGGAAACUACAAAUACGUGCUCGUGCUCUUGUGGUCGGUAUUUCUCAGGUGUGCUUUAGAUCUUUUGGAUCUUGUUAU